AUGCGUCCCCGCUUGCUGCUGUGGCCGCCGCCACCGCUGCUGCUACUGCUGGCCUGCGCUGCGCACACGGUGGGUGCCCUCCCUGGAUUGUGUGAUGUGAUGCGGGUGCUGCAAGAGGAACAGGACCAGUGCCUACAGGAACUCUCUGAAGAGAAUCCAGGAGACCUGGGCACAGAGCAGCCAGCCCUAGGUUGUAAGGGGCUGUGGGACAACAUGAGCUGCUGGCCGUCCUCUGCACUGGGACAGAUCGUGGAAGUGGGAUGCCCCCAGUUCCUCCGGAUGUUCACCGGCAGAAAUGGUUCCAUGUUUCGAAAUUGCACACAGGACGGCUGGUCUGAAAUCUUCCCCAGGCCUGACCUGGCCUGUGGGGUUAAUGUGAACGACUCAUCCAAUGAGAAGCGGCACCAGUAUCUAAUGAAGUUGAAGGUCAUGUACACCGUGGGUUACAGCUCCUCCCUGGUGAUGCUCCUCGUCGCCCUCAGCAUCCUCUGUGCUUUCCGGAGGCUCCACUGCACCCGCAACUACAUCCACAUGCACCUUUUUGUGUCCUUCAUCCUGCGUGCCCUGUCCAACUUCAUCAAGGACGCAGUGCUCUUCUCCUCGGAAGAUGUCGCUCAGUGUGAUGCCCACAGGGUGGGCUGCAAGCUGGUCAUGGCUUUCUUCCAGUACUGCAUCAUGGCCAACUACGCCUGGCUGCUGGUGGAAGGCCUCUACCUUCACACGCUCCUCGUCAUCUCCUUCUUCUCGGAAAGGAAGUGCCUCCAGGGAUUUGUUGCCCUCGGAUGGGGUUCACCGGCCAUUUUUGUUGUUUCGUGGGCUAUCAGCAGACACUUUCUGGAAGAUGUCGGGUGCUGGGACAUCAACGCCAAUGCGUCCAUCUGGUGGGUCAUUCGGGGGCCUGUGAUCCUCUCCAUCCUGAUUAACUUCAUCCUUUUUAUAAACAUUCUAAGAAUCCUGAUGAGAAAACUUAGAACCCAAGAAACCAGAGGAAAUGAAGUGAACCAUUAUAAGCGCCUGGCCAAGUCCACCCUCCUGCUGAUCCCCCUCUUCGGAGUCCACUACAUCGUCUUUGCCUUCUCCCCGGAGGAUGCCAUCGAGGUCCAGUGGUUCUUUGAAUUGGCCCUUGGCUCGUUCCAGGGCCUGGUGGUGGCAGUCCUCUACUGUUUCCUCAACGGGGAGGUGCAGCUGGAGGUUCAGAAAAAGUGGCGCCAGUGGCACCUUCGUGAGUCCCUACUGCGCCCCAUGGCCCUCAGCUCCUCCUUCAGCAACGGCUCCAGCGGCCUUGCCCACAGCACCAAGGCCAGCACCUCAGAGCAGAGCCGGGCCACCUGCAGGAACAGUGUCAUCUGA